CGAUCCGAGGUUCCCAGGCGGCUGUGCAGUUCUACAUCAAACUGUAUGAAAACUCACAUUAUGCAUCUGCCCGAGCUGUUGCAGGGCUAAAUCUUUGUUAUUGCUGGGGAAUAUGCUCAUAGCUGCACGUGCACGCGUAAGGAAACGAGGAGACCCCGCUGCCGCUGCUGGAGACAGAGAGGGACUGAGCCGCGCUUUCAUCACUCUAAUCACCAUCCUGAGCUCUUAACAUUUUGUUUUUCGGUGUUCAGGCGAGAAGUGACAAGACUGUAGACCCCUCCUCUGCAGGGCGGAGCGUGCAUUUUCAUUUUCUAUUUUGUGUUUUAUAUUUUUUUAUUUUUUUCUACCCCUGCCCUGUACCCAGCUCUGACACGUCUGCACUGAGUGAGUGGCAUUGGCACACUGUCAAUCGCUCACCAGCUCUGCCAUCAAACAACAUAAAACACGCAGGCAGAGGCUGGAGCUCAUAAAUUUCAGCAGGGCGAGAUUUUUUUGCGCAUCGCUUUUAUUCAGCCUUGUAUCCUAAUUAAUUUCGUCUCGCUGUUGCUGUAUUUUCCAUCCUCAUCAGAAAUCUCCCAACUUUUUUAUACAUUUCAUAUCUUUUAUAGAAACGUUUGGACAGCUUACGUUACAUAUUUUUAUUUUUAUAAACAUAUUAAAUAGUCGCGGAGAACAUUUUAGCGUUAUUGUUUAACGCCUGCAAGGCUGCGAUGCUUUGAAUUUAUUGUUUUUAUUAUUUGUUUACACGUUUCCACGUUGGAUAUUUUUCCAGUGUUGCCGGCGCUUCGGUGGAUUUGGACAUUCUCUUUUUUUUCCAAGAGGAAAUGCGCCGGAAUCCCAUGAAGAGCGCUAAUAAAUGAGACAGCGCGAGGACCGUUUCUAAACCGCUGAGAGAAAAGACAGAUUGGUGUGGGGAUGUGAUGGACCGUCAAUUCUGACGAAGAAGUUCUCAGAAGGAGAAGAAAGAUUUAUGCGUUUUUUUUAAUAACCGCGGCUUUUGGUACUUUGGACCGCGCGUAAAAGCAGCAAGAGGACGGCGAGAACUUGGACGCCAGAUUCACGCCAAAACACCCCAGCCGUAGCUGUCACUGACAGAAAAAAGAAGAGAAGAAGAAUCGCGCGCGUGUGUGCGUGUUUGUUUUAUUUCCCCGAGCACGCUCAGAUAUAUUUUCUGUCUACGGCACAUGCUAUAGCCCAGUUUUUAUAUGAGUUUUUCAAUUUGCGUGGCUCAGUGCACAGACUCUUUGGCGUCUACUAUGGACGAUCAAGCCCGGAUCAUGCAGUCGAUCGGCGGUGUCAGUCUGGCUGGCCACUCGGUGCAGGGAGGCAUGCAGCUGCCGCCUCCACAUGGACACGACGGGACGGACGGAGACGGCAGGAAGCAAGACAUCGGUGACAUCCUGCACCAAAUCAUGACCAUAACCGAUCAGAGUCUGGACGAGGCGCAAGCAAAGAAACAUGGACUGAACUGUCACAGAAUGAAACCAGCACUCUUCAGCGUUCUCUGUGAAAUCAAAGAAAAGACAGGUCUCAGCAUCCGCGGUGCUCAGGAGGAGGACCCUCCAGACCCUCAGCUUAUGCGUCUAGACAACAUGCUGCUGGCAGAAGGAGUGGCAGGACCAGAGAAAGGUGGCGGAUCUGCUGCCGCCGCCGCUGCCGCUGCGGCCUCAGGCGGAGCGGCCGACAACUCCAUCGAACAUUCAGACUACAGAGCCAAACUCACACAGAUCAGACAGAUCUACCACACGGAGCUGGAGAAAUACGAGCAGGCGUGUAACGAGUUCACUACCCAUGUGAUGAACCUGCUGAGGGAACAGUCUCGCACGCGACCCAUCUCACCCAAAGAGAUUGAGCGCAUGGUGGGAAUAAUCCACCGUAAAUUCAGCUCCAUCCAGAUGCAACUGAAGCAAAGCACCUGCGAGGCUGUCAUGAUCCUGCGCUCUAGAUUCCUUGAUGCCAGGCGAAAAAGGAGAAACUUCAGCAAGCAGGCGACCGAAAUUUUGAACGAGUACUUCUACUCGCACCUCAGCAACCCGUACCCCAGCGAGGAAGCUAAAGAGGAGCUGGCUAAGAAGUGCAGCAUCACCGUUUCCCAGGGGGUGGGAAGCACCAUCACAGUGUCACAGGUAUCCAACUGGUUUGGCAACAAAAGGAUCCGGUACAAGAAAAACAUCGGCAAGUUUCAGGAAGAAGCAAACCUGUACGCCGCCAAGACUGCUGUGAAUGCAGCGCACGCUGCAGCCGCUGCAGUGCAGAACAGCCAGGCCAACUCCCCCACCACCCCCAACUCUGGAUUCCAGAUGAAAGACGAAGAGUUUCAGCUGGAUUCUGCAGAGAGCAAAAACACUCUUUUAAGCAACAUGUUUACUGGUUCUUCGGGUUCUUUUAGCCUCCCAAACACUGGGGACAUGUUCUUGAGCAUGCAGAGUCUGAAUGGGGAUUCUUACCAAGGAGUACAAGUCGGAGCCAAUGUACAGUCACAGGUGGAUACCCUGCACCAUGUUAUCAGUCAGACGGCAGGAUACAAUGAUGCUCUGGCGGGAAACACCAUGUACAACCCACACGGCCAAAAUGCUAAUGGAGGAUGGCAAGAUGCAAUGACUCCGUCUUCUGUAAUAUCUCCAACAGAAGGACCAGGAAGUGCGCACUCCGACACGUCGAACUGAUCAGCUAGCAAAUGCAUCUUCUCCUCAAGUUGAGCAUGGACUUCUUUAUUUAGCAGAAAAUCAGCUGAGGAUUCAAAGAAAAUCUUUUAAAUUGGUUUUCCGGUACUUUAAAACUCCCACAUGACCACACCCUCACACCUGCAGAUGACAUCCUCCAUUAUGGACACUGAAGUGUUUCCGGACCGCGCUGCGUUUUCUUCCCGUCUCCAUAAAUCAAUUGUAUUAACAUGUUUUUACUUGUUUGUUGUGGUGAUAAACACAUAGACAUGUACAAUAUCCCUCAGAUUCCUGGGUAAACAUUCACGAUAAUUAUCUCUAUCUCCAUUUAAAAAACACAUUUUACGACAUUUUAAACGACCGUUUGUUUUAGUCUUGAUUUGAUUGCUAUUCUCCAUUUUAAUAAUUGGGAUCACUUUCAUUUCUUUCAAUUAAAGCAUUUUUUUUUCUUGUCCAGCAACUCAACAAUGCUAACAUUGACAGCUUGAUGGCAGCUUCGUAGUAACUUGGAAGAUUUAUUUUUCUCUUACAGCUGUGUACAUUAGUACACGAAAACAACUUUUCAAACUGUGUGAACAUAAAGACGUGUAAUUGAUUGCUCGACUAGAAGGUGACACCAUUCCAUAUUUUAUAAUUAGUUCCUUUGUUGUACAUAUGUAAACAUUUCUUUUUGUACUCUGCUUAUGGAAUCAACAGUAGAUCAUCGUGUCACGGCACACAGGAGCCCCGCUGUCUCGUUACGCAGGAGAAGUCGUUAAAUAACAUAAGAGCAGUUAAACUCCCGACCAAUCAGUACGCAGCUUUCUGACCUCAGUCACAGAAUACAGUCACUUCCAACAUUUCUGUAGCUUAGAGUGCCCACUUACUACCUCUAAACAAUAUCACAUACACACUUUCUUUCUUUCUUUCUUUCUUUCUUUCUUUCUUUCUUUCUUUCUUUCUUUCUUUCUUUCUUUCUUUCUUUCUUUCUUUCUUUAUUUCUUUCUUUCUGUCUUUCUGGCCCCUAUUUAAUGUUUUAUGUUGUUAUUUUGAUUCCAUAAACUCUUCAUUCUCUAUGUAAUCUAAUGUAUAUUUUAAUCUUUUAAUAAAACUAUGUUGCGGUACCGCAACUGAAAAUGAAUAAAAAAAAACAACAACAAUAUUAAUACAAUGAAAAAGAAAAAGGGGGAGGGAAAGAUAAUGUUGGUUUGUGGCUUUUUUUUCAUUUUGUUUUGAGGGAGUGUGAUGACAAAUGUUAAUUAAACACCAAACAGUAAAACUGUUGUAAAUAGUUGAAAAAAAAAUACGCAUUUUGAAUGUUGCUCAUCUUGUUACUAAAUCAUUCAGAAAAAAAAUGGAAAAAAAAAAUCACAAGAAAAGCUGUAUUGCAUAGAGGUUUCAGUAUCAGAACUGUACAUUUCCAGCUCUGUUCAACAGGGUUUUCUCUUUUUUUUCUAUUGUAUGUGAUUCUGAAACUGAAAAGUCAUGACAAAUGAUUUGUGACAGUGAUUCUAAUGUAUUAAAAAUGUUUAGUGUUACUUUCUAACCAGACUACACCCUGGACAGAAAAGUCUUCCUUGUGGUAGUUGUGUAAUUUCAAACAUGAAUAAACCUUUUGCUUUCAUGA